AUGCACCUGACCGAUCUCCCACCCGAGAUUAGUAUUCUCAUCGCCCGACUUCUUGCUUCUCAUGACCUCUUCCAACUGGUCCUUGUUUCUAAAACAUGCUGGUCGCGGUUUACCCCUCAGCUCUACCACCAUGUCAUUCUGCCAUUGAAUAUGUGGGAGGCAGCGGGCUUCGAGCGUAUGAAGAACAUGAAACUGCCCGUUCGUCGGUUUACGCAGACUCUGAUUGAGAACCCGGUUCUGGCGGAGAUGAUUCAUAUCCUAGAGCUAUACCCAUCGCGCUGUGAGGGCAACAAAUGGCGCGGCCGGCUGCCGCCCCUUAAGAAACUCCAACCGGAAAGCUAUCGCGCCUCGAUGCUCCCCUACAGCGACGCAAACGCCAAAUCCCGACGAAAAGCGCGAUUCAAUGCCUGGAAGCGCGAUCUUUCGUCCCACUCGGAUCGGUACGAGGACGCUUGGGUGGCGCUCCUGCUCGUCCAACUGCGCAAUCUGCAGCAGCUCGCCAUGGAGAUCCCCGAGGAGCGCAGCUUCUACGAUGCGUCCCGCCGGCUGACGACCAAUGUAGACCGCGUGAUCCACUGGGCGCAAAACCCCCGACUGGGGAUCCUGACCCGGCUUACCGACGUGCGGCUGCGCUUCGGUCCGAUCUAUCAGGGCAUGGGCGGCUUCGAGGCCAUCCUCAUUCAUCGGUUACUCCCUUAUCUGAAGAUUCCCUCGCUCCGCAGGUUCUUUGUAUGCGAUCCGAUCGAAUCCACGACGCCGACUACGGCCAUGGCCAUGCAGCUCACUGAGAAGGCUGCGUCACUGCCUCUGACGCAUCUUCGGCUCCAGCCUGUAGGAGAGCCGCUGACCAGCCUACCGUAUCUGCUGUCCAUGUUCUCGGGCCUUGAAUCGUUCACUCUGAUUCAGGAUGAUCACGGCAGCCAGUACUGUCGGUCUGGCAACGGCCACCAUGACCUGCUGGACACCUCGAGCUUCUACGCGCCUCUGCUACGAUUCCAGCACUCCCUCCGGAACCUUCACAUUACGUUCGCGCGGGAUAUCCGGAUCUGGCAGGCCCCGACGUUGCCGCGGCCCAGCUUCCUAGGGUCGCUGCGCGAUUUCUCCGUCCUCGAGACGAUCCGCAUGCGCUGGGCGGACCUGGUACCAUUCGACGAGCACGGUUCGCAAGGCGCCCCUUUGGUACCGCUGCGGUCCCUCCUGCCGCCGGCUCUGCGAUCUCUGUUUAUCGACGACUGUCUGGUCCAUUCGCUGACAGUGCUCUGCUCUGAACUGGGUGACCUGGCCGGUUCGCUCCCCGGUGGUCCUUGCCCGCGCCUAGAACGACUCGACAUCCGGUCUGCCUAUCGAGAGCAGGAGCCAGGUGGGUGUCUUUGGUGCAGCCCGAAUCCAGCAUCACCCGUUAAAUCAGUCCAGGGGGCUGACGCUAUUCUUGAAGAGCGACUGAUCCCGCUGAAGGAGCGGUUUCGCGAAGUCGGGGUCCAUUUUCGCGUGGUUGCGCACAGAACGCCGGAUACUUAUGCUACCCUUGAUGAGCAACGGCAGCAGCUGGAGGAAGGGGGGAUUGGAGAGCAUAGGUGGCUCGCUGGAGACGGAACCGACCUUUGGCGGCGCUAA